UCCGGUCUUGUCUCAGCUAAGCCCACGAAUGAACCAGAGCAACCUAAUCCCCGCCUGCCCGUCCCUCCCUCCCGGCCGCCGGAGAAAGAGACUCGCCACUUUCCUUCCGCCUUCCACUCUCGCCAUGGCCGCAGACUAAGGCUGCCAUCGUUGGUCCUCCCUCCCCCAUGGCGCCAUCGCUCCUCCACCCACACCCCCACCGCCUUCUCCUUCUUCGCCGCCCCACCUCCGCUCGCCUCCUUCAUCUCCACCUCAAACCCCUCUGCUCCUCCUCGACGUCGUCAUCUUCCCCCGCGCGGACCCCGCCUCCCCUCCACGGGCCCUCGCUCCGCCGCGGCCGCCCCCCGCCGGACCACCCAGACCCCUUCGCCCGCGCCUUCGACCUCGCCGCGCUCCGCGUCCCCGCCGCCGCCUGCGCGCCCCUCGAGCGCCGCCUCCGGGGCCACCUCCUCAACUGGCCCCGCGUCCGCAACGUCGCCCGACUCCCCAACGACCAAGGCCUCGCUCUUGCCCUCUCCCUCCCGUCUCCCUCGCCCCCCGCCACUCCGAUCGCGGUGUUGCGGCGGGAGAAGCUGGCGCGCGAGUUCAACGCCCGGGGCUUCGUGCGGUUCCCCAACCUCGCCCGCCUCUCGCGUCCCGCCGCGCGGAAGCGGAGGGAGAAGAAGGGGGCGGUAGGAGGAGACAGCGACGAGGAGGCGACGCGUGAGCGUGACAAAGACAAGGCGUAUGUGGUGGAGGUGGUGGGAGAGGGAGGAGAGGACGACGACGAGUGGAAGGGGUUGGUCGGUGUGGAAGGCUUCGGGAGGGGCGCGUGGCGGAUGAGCCCCACCAGGCUGCUGCUGCUGGACGAGAGAUACGCCGAGAGGAGGGUGGACGAGCUCCCGGAGGCCGUCAAGUUUGUGUUAGACCAUGGAACCGACCAGGAUGGAUCUUCUGCUUAUGAGCUUGUGCAGUGCCAUCUAACCUUGUUCUAUAGUUACUGGCCAAUGAAUGAGGUUUUAGAGGCAAUACUCCCUGAAGGUAUAAUAAUUCCUACAGGCUUUGAAACAGUAGGUCAUAUUGCACACUUGAACUUGCGGGAUGAACAUUUACCACACAAGAAACUUAUUGCUCAGGUGGUACUGGACAAAAACAAGCCAAAAAUCCAAACUGUUGUCAAUAAGACUGAUGCUAUUCAAAAUGACUAUAGAACUAUGCAACUUGAAGUCUUAGCUGGUAAAGAUUCCCUUCGUACGAUGGUCACUGAGAGUGGACUUCGUUUUCAAGUUGAUCUAGGGACAGUCUAUUGGAAUUCUAGGUUAGCCACAGAGAGGCAGAGGCUUGUGGACAAUAUCUUUAGAAACUCGGAUGUUGUUUGUGAUAUGUUCUCUGGGGUCGGUCCUUUAGCAAUUUCAGCCGGAAAAAAGGUCAAAUAUGUCUAUGCAAAUGACAUAAACCCUACUGCUGUGGAAUACCUUGCGAGAAAUAUUGUUCUUAACAAACUCGAAAGGAAAAUCGAGACUUUUAACAUGGAUGCUAGAAGGUUUAUCAGCGCAAUAUAUUCAAGCCGGCAUGUGCACCGAGUCACACAAAUAGUAAUGAAUUUGCCCAAUGAUGCUGCAGAAUUCUUAGAUGUGUUCAGAGGAAUUUUACGGAACAGUCAAUCAGGACUGCACCAUGUCAUGCCAAAGAUCCAUGUGUAUGGAUUUUCCAAAGCAAACGAUCCUGAUUAUGACUUCCACGAGAGGAUAAAUUUAGCAUUAGGCGAGAAGGUCAACAAUGUUGAAAUGCACAGAGUACGGCUUGUUGCUCCUGGGAAAUGGAUGAUAUGUGCAUCUUUUACCCUUCCAGAGUCUGUUGCAUUUGCAAAGCAGAAUUACAUUAGUUGUUGAAUUCCAGAGUCCGUGAAUUCUUCCAAGCAGAUUAGUUAGAUGAUGCAUAGAUAAUUUCUGAUUGAAUUCAGUCCACUGAGUGGCCUAUUUUGUUUAUUUUUGUAACGAAGAUAGGUGAAUAAAAAGGCAAAAAGAAGGGUAAUUUUGCACUGCA